GCAGCAGGGUCAGGAUCUCAGAGUUGGGAGAGCGAUUUUGGCACUUACGCAAAGAGGACGUCCAUCUCUCCUUCUGAACACGCCACCCCUGCUUUUUUCAUACAUGCAUGCGCUUUUAUUCUCUCUUCUGACAAACAAAAAGACUUAGAGAGUGCGGGAUGUACACGGCCGGGCUCAACCCGUUUUACGCGUCAAACUUCAGCCUCUGGUCCGCGUACUGCGCGGGGGGCUUCGCUGUGGAUACGAUCAAGAAACCAUCGUUUUGCAUCGCAGACAUCUUGCAAGCCGGAGAUGCGGAGAACAUCCCGGGAUCCUCGGCACUCGUGGUGCACAUGGGACACCACCACCACCACCACCGUGCGCAGCAGGCUCACUCCGGCGGCUCUCCGCUGCGUCCUUCCCCGGUGGCGCCGGAGCCGUCGGUGUACGGUGCGCGGGUGAGUCCGGGGUCUCCGUACCACAGACACGGACUACAGUUGACCUCAUUGUCCAGAACUGCAUUUACCUCCCAACAAGCUCCACCGCCUUCCAGCAAAGACCUCAAAUUCGGAAUUGAUCGGAUAUUGUCGACGGACUUUGACCCAAAGGGAAAAGAAAAGCUGUCGCUAAGAGAUCUCACGUCCAUCGUUAGCUCGAACCGUCAGUCAGGGAUCCACAUCCCCGUUCAGCCUCCGGCCAGCCAGUACUUCUCCUCCAUAGACCCCGGGAUGAGCGACGCGUCCUCCAUGAUGAGUUCACUAGGCAGCAGCAGCAGCAGCAGACACUCAGGCCAGCAUCAGUUUCAGGACACCUUCCCAGGUAGUCCACUCAUGUUUAGGACUGUUAACAGACAGGGGACCGACCUGUCCUGCUCUCAUGUUGGAGGUGUGAGUGCACCUGCAGAUGAUGUACACCUCCGCUUUGUGGAACCCGUGUUUUUGACCUCAUGUCCUCCUCGUGUCGCCUCUACAGGUCCGUACGCCGUCCUCACAAAAGACACAAUGCCCCAGACGUACAAGAGGAAAAGGUCGUGGUCGAGGGCCGUGUUUUCAAACCUGCAGAGGAAAGGACUGGAGAAGAGAUUUGAGAUUCAGAAGUACGUCACCAAGCCGGACAGAAAGCAGCUGGCUGCGAUGCUCGGCCUGACGGACGCUCAGGUGAAGGUGUGGUUUCAGAACAGGCGGAUGAAGUGGAGACACUCCAAAGAGGCCCAGGCGCAGAAGGACAAGGAGAAGGACGAGAAGCCGGAGAAGGGCGCGUCGGAGCCGGGCAGCAGGGAGCCCAAAGAGCCGGAGGAGUCCGAGUGUGAGAGCGAGGGCCGGAGCGAGUGCGACUCGGACGAGGCCCCGGAGGAGGAAACCUCCGACGGACACUUGGACUCUUCCGAGCUCCAUAAAACCAGCGUGAUCAUGAGCGGGGGCGCGCCGGCCUGCAGCGCACCGCCGACGGCCACAGACUCAGCGGCCUCCUCUCAGGUGCUAAUAUGAAGCCUGGGGUUUUUUAAGUGAUGGACAAAGACAUAAAGGGUUUGAAUUAUUAUUAUUAUUGCGACAGAAGAACGACAGUGAUGUUAAAACACAUGAGGAGUCAGCUCCAUAAACAAACACAUCCAGGCCUGUGCGUUAAAAUCCUGUGAACCAGAGGAGUCAACCUGUAUUAUUAUUAUUAUUAUUAUUUAACGUGACUCGUUAUUUUAACCCAGACACGAGGAAAAAUACUCCAAAUCCAUUUGUUAAUUCUUAUUAGAUGUUAUCUUCAUGAUGUUUUAUUUUCUCUGUGAGAGUAAAACCACAGAUUAUUUCAGUCCAUCAGAUUUCUGUGUCUCCUCAUGUGAAAGAAAAGAAAAUGUGCGGUUGUGAAUUUUAUUUUUUAGGUUAUGAGCCACUUUGUUUCACGUUAUUAAUGAAAUCUCAGAAGUUCACAUCAGCAGUGUUCAUGUACCCUGUUUGUUUUUGGUCUGGAUAUACAGUAUAUUGUGU